AUGGACCCACCACCCUCCUCAUCACCUACUCCUCCAACCAAAACCGCCUCCUCCAAGGACUACCACGGCCGCCUCCGUGCUACUGCCGUCAGUGACUCCUCCAUCUCCGCCAUUGAUUCCAUCUCCACCAUGUUUAAGAGGGACGAGCUCUUGGGCAUCAGCGACGCCCUUGCUUUAGGGACCAUCACAAGCGCUUAUUGUAGAGGAGCUGUUAGCACUUUACUUGCGUAUGACGUCACCAGCACGUGCGAAUUUGAGAACGUUGGAAGGUGGCUGAGGGAGUUGAGGUAUCACACUGACCCCAUCAUCGUGGCAAUGCUCCUUGGCGACAAGUCCGAUUUCCGCCACCUCGUGGCAAUCCCACCGGAGGACGGGAAGUCAUUCGCCGAGAAUGAGUCCCUCUAUUUCAUGGAGACUUCUGCAUUGGACGCGACCAAUGUGGAAGCAGCUUCUGUUGAGGUCCUGUCUCAGAUUUGUCCGAUUAUGAGGAAGAAAGCAGUCGAAGCGGGUGACAACCCAAGUGUUCAUUCAGUUCCCGCUCAGGGACAGACGAUCAAUGUCAAAGAAGACGGGCCUGUUUUUAAGAGGAUUGGAUACUGCUUUACCUUUGUGUAUUUUUUUUCUUAUGCAAGAUGUCAUCGGAUAUUUAGGGCACGCAUAACAAAAUUUCUGAAAUAG